GUGAACCACGCCGUGUUGGCUGUGGGCUAUGGCGUGGAGGACGGCAAGGACCACUGGAUCGUCAAGAACAGUUGGGGCAUCAAGUGGGGCAUGGACGGCUUCUUCCAGAUCGCUCGUGGCAGCAACAUGUGCGGCCUGGCCAACUGCGCCUCGUACCCCAUCGUGGUGUAA